AACAAGCCCGGACAUCUGUACUGUGAUGUCUAAAUCUGGGACAUGUGUAAAAAGGUACACGAAGUUCAAAUCAUAAUCAAGAAAACCAGCAUCUUGUCUUCAGCUACACACUGCACAUAUAUAGCCAUAUAUUUUCAUACAAUUCUCCAAAAUAUUACAAUUUCAAUAUAUUUUUGGUUAUAUUUGAUUUUCAUUUUGAUGGAAUUAUCAACUACGUAUACAGUACACAUAUUUCAUGAAGGCAGUCAUUGCUAUGUUGAACUCUAGUAAAUGUAUCAGUCUGGGCUACUAAACAGGGGUAUAUCUUUUAAACAUUUUUUCACUUACUAAAUUUAGUAAAUCCCAUUCACUCAAUUAUUCUUAUUUCAUAUUAUACUUGCAUCUACAUUCACAUGAGAAAGUGGAAUUGGUAUCUGCUAUAUUUGUGUAUUUCUUUCCCCAGUUUUGGAGGGCGCUGUUCCCACAUCGUGGGUUUGGUCAAGUCCCUGCAAGGACUGAAACUGCAUGAUUACACUCAUGUGCCACAGCUGCAGAGCUGCACCAGUUUGCCCCAGCAGUGGCACAAACCUAGGGGAAGGACCAUUACCCCAGUCCCCAUGAAUCAUAUCACUGUAGCAAGACCCACCCAGAACAGGAAGAGGAAGCCAGUGACUUGCCAAAUUGAUACUACAAAGAAAAUCCCAGUUGUCACAGAAACGGACAUGCAAGUCCUGAAGGACCAGGAACAUGCUCCAUUGAGCUACAUGGUACACCUGACUGCCCCCAAGGUUCAGACUCCAGUUGGAGACGUGCAGUUGGGAUCAUUCCUGUCUUACCAGACAAGAAAUAUCAAACCUGUCACAACACUGGCUCACACUCAAUGCAAAGUGGAAUCAUUCCCAAAGACAUCACCUAUCAAACUACCAACUGAGUUUCAGGUACUCAACGAUGGAUAUGCUGUGGCUGAUCCUGAACAAUUAGAGAGAGACACCAGGGGUCAGUCCUACAGUCUCCUCUGGAGGUCAUCCAGAUCAACGAGACUAACUGCUUCAAAUUUUGGAAAGAUUAUCAACAGAAAAAAAAGGCCAACUACUGCCUUCUUGGACACCUUAUUUCCUAAGGAGAAACAAACAAUAUAUGCCAAGCCUCUAGAGUAUGGCAAAAAACAUGAAAAUUCUGCUAAGUCCAAAUAUUUGGAAACAUUUCAGUCUGCCCAUAUGCAUGAUUGUGGCCUGAUUGUAAACCCUGAAUUCAGCUUUCUAGGAGCUACUCCUGAUGCAAAACUAUGCUGUACUGUUGGGACUGGCAUGUACAAAUGAUCAAUUCUUUCUGCAGAAAGAUCAAAGUGGAUCUAUACAUUUACUUAGGAAUCAUAUGCAUUAUGCGCAGAUUCAAGGUCAGCUUCUCAUUUCAGGUGCUGAUUUUUGUGAAUUUAUAGUGUACACUCAGAAAGAUUUACAUGUGGAAAGAGUGUAUCCUGACUUGCCAUUCGUGGCAAACAUGCUACAAAAACUCUGUCAGUUUUUUAAGGACUUUGCCAAACCUCACCUAGCUCAUGCUAUGUAAUAUGUUAUCAUUUCAUGAUAUACGCUCACAGUUGCACAGGAUACUUACAUGUUUGCUCUGUUUGGGUACUGGAACUUUGGCUGGAAGGCAGAUUAUCAUUUCCUCUGUUAUCUGUGUCAAUCAGUACACUGAAAGAUGUAAAAUGUAUUCCAUAUAAGGCCUUGUGAAACAUUUGCAGAUUGUAUUAUGUAACAUAUGUUAUAUUUUGGAUUACAGUUACAUGUUACAGUUUAACACAUUCUAAAUGGCUCUUUGUAUUCACAGAUUCUUUUAGUGUUGUAAAGGGAAAACUUGUACUAUGUAUUGCUUUCAGAGAACAACUGACUUGUCUACAGAUAUGGUAUAUAGGACAAUAUGCAAUGUUGCAAUACAACAUGUAUUAAUAUAAUGAUGUAAUGAUGGGCCAGACAUAUUUGCAUCCAAUAUUUGCAAAAGUGUAGCGUGAGGCAUUCCAUUUUGUCAUGCCACUGUUCAAGGCACCUGGGUAUAUUCAGUGCUGACAGAUGUGGGAUUACUUGAAGGGUUAAUGUGAGGUCAGACUGUGCAUAUUGUCCAUUUCAUUAAGUAAAUAGAAAGGACACAAAAAUUAAUGUAAUGUAACCAACAAAUGGUCAUGGUUACAAAUAAUUCUGAAAAACAAAACAAAUCAUGAUGUGACAAUCAUGUCAUUAAUGGUAUUGAUUGGUUGAUUGAAAGCAAGCAUAUUACCACCAGGUACUGUGAACGUCACCUGCAAAGAAAACAGAGAAACCACAAAGCAUCGCAUUCUCUAGACUAACGCUUAGUACCAAUAUAUAUAUAAUUUGAUAGUAACAAACAAACCCAUUUAAAUUGAAAAGGAGUCCCAGGGAGACCAGAGAUUCAGAACCU